AUGUUGAAACGAGAUCAGAGCGAAAUGGACAUUGAGGCGGAGACUGCUAACAUGGGAAAGGAGGAGAAGGAAUCCUUUGUGCACAAGCGACAAAAGUACCGACAAGAGCAGGAGGAGAAGCGACUGGCAGCCAAGAAGGGAGUAUCCUUCGAGCAGCCCGAGGACGGCGAGAUCAAGCUCCCCAAGAAGCGAUACUACAGACAGCGAGCUCAUUCGAAUCCCUUCUCUGACCAUCAGCUGGAGUAUCCCGAGUCGCCCGCCGACAUGGACUGGGACGUACUUUACCCCAACCGAAAGGAAGGCCAGAAGGUCGAGGUGGCAGACAUUGGAUGUGGAUUCGGAGGCUUGCUGGUUGCUCUCUCCCCCCAGCUGCCCAACCAGCUGAUCCUGGGAAUGGAGAUCCGAGUGCAGGUUACUAACUACGUGGAGGACCGAAUUGUGGCUCUUCGACACCAGAACAAGGAGACCGACGGCUAUCAGAACAUCAGUGUUCUGCGAGGCAACGCUAUGAAGUUCCUGCCCAACUUCUUCGAAAAAGGCCAGCUGUCCAAGAUCUUCUUCUGCUUCCCCGAUCCUCACUUCAAGCAGCGAAAACACAAGGCUCGAAUCGUCACCACCACCCUGUGCUCCGAGUACGCCUAUGUUGUGCGACCUGGAGGAAUCGUCUACACCAUCACCGACGUUAAGGAUCUGCACGAGUGGAUGGUCAAGCAUUUGGCCGCUCACCCUCUAUUUGAGCGACUGACCAAGGAGGAGGAGGACGCUGAUCCUUGUGUGGCCACCAUGCUGGUCGAGACCGAGGAGGGCAAGAAGGUGGCCCGAAACGAGGGAGAUAAGUUUGUUGCAUGCUUCCGACGAAAGGAGAACCCUGAGUGGUAA